CUUGCUGCAACCCGGUCUGGAUGCCUGCCUGCAUGCAUCGGCUUCUGUUCUUGGCUGGCCGUGGCGAGAGAUAAAUAGAUGCUGGUGCCUGCUCUUGGACCUCACUCUGUGGGUAACCUCCAGGUCUCCACCCGGGCUGGUUUCUAGACCGACUAACCAGCGCCCUACUAGUCUCCGCCGUCCUGCUCCUCCUCGGCUCUCCUCUCCUCCCCCCUGCUCUCCUGUUCUCCUUCUCCCUCUGCCAUAGUGGAUUCCUUCCCGGUUCUCCCAUCCUAAUUCCUCUCCGCUCAGUCGGAGGAGCGGUCAACCGGCAUGUUGGACCCUUUCCCCCCUCCGCCAGCUUGGCUGCGAGACUUUGUCGAGCCCUGGGCGCUUUAUCUCAACGUUCCCGCCCUGACCGAGCAUGCUCACGAGGUCGUCAUUGCUUUUGUCGGCUACCUGUUCAUCCACUUCAUCCUCUCCCCCGUUCUGUCCCCGGUGCUUUUUCCCCGUUACUACCCGAAACUCAACCCGCGGACCAAGCUCAACUGGGAUGUCCAUGUCGUCUCGUUGGUGCAGAGCACCUUCAUCAACGCCAUGGCCCUUUGGGUCAUGUUUGUCGACGAUGAGCGGAAUUCCAUGAGCACCGGUGAGCGUAUCUAUGGAUACACCGGAGCCUGUGGACUGGUCUCCGCCUUCGCUGCCGGAUAUUUUGUCUACGAUCUGAUCGUCAGCACUAUCUAUGUCAAGCUCUUCGGGAUCGGAAUGCUGUUCCAUGGCAUUAGCGCCCUGUGGGUGUUCAGUUUCGGAUUUAGACCAUUUGUCAACUUCUACUCUCCCAUCUUCAUUCUCUACGAGCUCUCCAGCCCCUUUCUCAAUAUCCACUGGUUCCUCGACAAGGUUAACUUGACCGGUAGCAAGAUCCAAUGGUACAAUGGCAUGCUUCUGCUCUUCACUUUCUUCAGCUGCCGUCUCGUCUGGGGCACCUACCAGUCCAUCGCCGUCUACCGGGACAUGUGGUACGCCCUGAAACAGACCUGGGAUGCCACCGCGGCAUCCACGCCCCUCGACCCCGUUGACAUCACCACUCAAGUCUUCCAACUCCGUGGCGGCUCUGCAGCUGGCCUCGAAAUGUCUAAAUACGCCCCCUACACCGCUGGCGGCGUCCCCACCUGGCUGGUCCUGACCUACGUGAUCUCUAACGUUGUCCUCAACUUCUUGAACUACUUCUGGUUCUCUAAGAUGGUCGAGACCGUCCUGAAGCGGUUCCGUGGACCCGCCGAGAAGAGCGGACCGGCAGGCAAGCCGUCGAAGGAGGAGAAAAUCCACCAUCUGCAGGAGGAUAUCGCGCAGAAGGUCAUCCUUGAAGCCGCUUCCAAGUUGGAACAAGAGGAAGGCAGCCCUUUCCUCGACGGCAUUUCUGAGGAGAAGGUCGCCUCGGCGAUCGACUCGGGACUUAACGAGGAGCUGAGAAAGAGGAAGGCCAAGUUGUCUUCUUAACUUCUACCUCUUCUGGUUCUAACAGAACCUAGCUACGGACCCACACCACUCCUACACAGAGCAGGAGCCGAAGCAACAGCAGAAAACUAUCCCCUUUCUUAACUAUCGAACCUACUACUAGAAAUCCAUGUCCCCUCACGAGAACACACCUAAACCCGGUCGAUUGAUUGAUUGAUCACUUCAUAUCUUUGUCUUCCCUCCCUCCCUCCCCUCAUCCCCUGCAACUGACCAGAUUAGCACACAUAUCAGGGGGUACAUCUUAUAUAACGCGAUGUUAUUGAUGUUUAAGCAUGCAUACUCUUUUUAUUACCGAGGAGUUAAUCUGGUUAGGAGACCCGGUUUGUUGCUUUGCUUUGCUUUGCUUUGUUUUGUUUGUUUUUUCAGUUACAUCUAGAUUUCAGCAGUACCUAUCAGGAAAAUAAACGAGACACGGCAGUACCACUUACUUUGU